UGAAAAACCCCGGGCCGGAAUUGGCUUCGUUAUCUUUUUCUCACGUAACGGAGCUCGUCAACUGUCAACACGGAUUCUGGACACACAAAAAAACUGCGCUGCAUUCUCACACAUUGACGAAAAUGUUGGAAACUGCGACAUUUAUCACAAUAUCCCGGAAUAAAACUUUGUGUAUGUAGACUUUCUGACUGUGGUUACAUCAGGUUUGGAAGGAGGGAUGCCUGUGGAGAGUGGGAGCAGCGCUGCCGCCCGCCAGGCCAAGCAGAAGAGGAAGUCCCACAGCUUGUCCAUCCGCCGGACCAACAGCACCGAGCAGGAGCGCUCCGGCCUGCAGAGAGACAUGCUGGAGGGACAGUCCUCUGAUAAUCUGGAAUCCCUCAUGAGAAUGGAGGACUCCAAACUGCCUCUGUCUCUGAGGAGCAAUCUGCUGGACCUGUUCAGUCAGAUCGAGAGGGAGUUUGAAAACCUCUACAUAGAAAACCUGGAAUUACGCCGAGAAAUCGAAACGCUGAAUGACCGUUUGGCUGCAGAAGGGCAGACUUUCGAAGGGGCAGAUUUAGCCAAAGGAGCACUGAAAACGAAAGCGAGCCAUAGCACCAGCCAGCUGUCACAAAAACUAAAGACGACCUACAAGGCUUCCACAAGCAAGCCGCGUUCAAACUCUUGCCAUGCCAGAGUAGGUGGAUCCCGCAACUUCGGUGUAACCGGUUGGGAGUUGUGGGGUGGAGACUCAUGGAUUGUGUCCAGUUUCAAAGCGACCACGUCCAGAGCGGUGUGCCAGCUGGUCAAGGAGUAUGUCGGCCACAGAGACGGCAUCUGGGACCUGAGCGUCACCAGGACACAACCUGUGGUGCUCGGUACUGCAUCUGCAGAUCAUUCUGCGAUGCUGUGGAGCAUUGAGACGGGAAAGUGUCUCCUCAAAUAUAUGGGCCAUCAAGGAUCAGUCAACUCGAUCAAGUUCCACCCCACUGAACAGAUGGCUCUAACAGCCUCUGGAGACCAGACGGCUCACAUCUGGAGAUACAUGGUGCAGCUGCCGACUCCACAGCCAGUUGCUGACAUCAGCCAAACACCCUGCGAAGACGACGUGGACUUUUCGGAUAAAGACGAGGCCGACGUCGAGGUUGAGGGUCCAAACGACUGUCCUUCUGUCCGCGUGGCAACCACGACUCUACGCAGCCAUCAGGGUGUGGUGAUCGCCGCUGAUUGGCUGGUCGGAGGCAAACAGGUUGUGACGGCCUCCUGGGACCGGGCCGCCAACCUGUACGACGUGGAGACCUCAGAGUUGGUCCACUCACUCACUGGUCAUGACCAGGAGCUGACCCACUGCUGCACACACCCCACCCAGCGUCUGGUGGUCACCUCGUCCAGAGACACCACCUUCAGGCUGUGGGACUUCAGAGACCCGUCCAUCCACUCUGUCAAUGUCUUCCAGGGACACACUGACACGGUGACGUCUGCUGUGUUCACGGUGGGCGACAACGUGGUGUCUGGGAGCGAUGAUCGGACAGUCAAAGUGUGGGACCUGAAGAACAUGAGGUCGCCCAUAGCAACCAUCCGCACUGACUCCGCUGUCAACAGGAUCAGCGUGUCGGUGAACCAGAAAAUCAUCGCUCUUCCUCACGACAAUCGGCAGGUCCGGCUGUUCGACAUGUCCGGGGUGCGACUGGCUCGGCUCCCACGAAGCAACAGACAGGGUCACCGCCGGAUGGUGUGCUGCUCCGCCUGGUGUGAAGACAACACCUCCUGCAACCUUUUCACCUGCGGCUUCGACCGGCAGGCCAUCGGCUGGAACAUCAACAUCCCCGCCCUGCUGCAGGAGAAAUGACCUCCUGCUACUGUCACUUUACUGUGAAACUCCACCCAAAGUCUGUCUUUGGAGCAUCAAACACUCACAUCCUGCGGGCUUAAAAGGUGGCUUUAAAAAAAAAAAGUUAAAUUUUAUCCUUCUUUUUGUCUGUGAAAACUUGUCGCAUGAUGUAAUCGAUGUAACUUCAGCUAUCGCUCAAUGACAGAUAAAAUUACAGACUUUUAACAGCUGUCUUUUGAGUUCACAGGAGGUCAGUUUUUGACACUUCAAGCUCCCUGAAGUCUGACCUCCCCCAGACUGAGGAGGGCAGGAAAGAAAAAGCACUUGUGCUCGCUGUCUACUGCAUCUGUUACGCUCUCUUAACUCAUCACCGCCAAUAUACACAGAUCACAUGUGUGUGGUUUUUCUGCGUGGAAGCGAUUCCUCCCCAUCCAAAAGAUGAAAAAAAACAACCUGUGAACCACUGAUGAUAAAAAGCACAGAGACGUAACGUAGGAUAGGCUUCGUCGUCUUUGUUAAAAACCAACAAAAAAAAAGACGCUGAAGAGUUGGGUUAGUGAGAUGCUGAUUUAAGCAAAUCUAUUCUGUGCCACUAACAGCAGAUUUAUGUUUGAAUAAGAGUCUGACGCUUUAAAGGAAAACCCCACUAGUUCGAUAUAAUCAAUUUGGUGUUUGCAGCAGUUACUCUGUGAUAACUUGGCCAUUUGGCUUCUUAAAUGUCCUGAUUGUUAUGAUUGCUGAACAUUGGUGCAAAAUAAUAGCACAAGAAAGAAGCACUCACUCUUGUAAUUGACGCUAAAAUUCUUAGCUAAACACCUAUAAUACACUUUUAAACCGGACAUCAUAUUACCACUGCUUGGUUCUGCUGAGCUCAGAUGUUCAGGAGAUAAGUAAUGCACCUUUUUGAAAAUACUUAUAGCUUUUCAUUGCUGUUUU